CCACCACCACCAAUUCUCCCACUCAUCACUUUCCCUCUCUCUCUGUCUCUCCGCCACGCGCCUCUGCCGUCCCCUUCACGCGCCACUCCGAUGGCCAUCACUCUCCACCUCUGCCGCGUCCCGCCCCGCACCGAUGUCUUCUCGCCUCACAGCCUCGCCGGCAGUGUCUGUUUCCGCAGCAGCCGGAGCUCCCUCUCCGUCAAAUGCUCCGGCGACUCCUCCGCCGCCUUGGAGUCCGACUUCGACGCCAAGGUCUUCCGUAAGAACCUCACCCGGAGCAAGAACUACAACCGCCGUGGCUUCGGCCACAAGGAGGAGACUCUGGAGCUCAUGAACCGCGAAUACACCAGUGAUAUAAUCAAGAAGCUGAAGGAGAACGGAUUCGAGUACAGCUGGGGAAACGUGACCGUGAAGCUCGCCGAGGCGUACGGGUUCUGUUGGGGAGUCGAGCGAGCCGUGCAGAUUGCUUACGAGGCCAGAAAGCAAUUUCCUGAGGAGAGGAUUUGGAUUACCAACGAGAUCAUCCACAAUCCGACGGUCAAUAAGAGGUUGGAGGACAUGGAGGUGAAGAACAUUCCGAUCGAGGAAGGGAGGAAGCAGUUUGAGGUAGUGGACAAGGGUGAUGUGGUCAUUUUGCCGGCUUUCGGAGCUGCGGUGGAUGAGAUGCUCGCCUUGAGUGACAGGAAUGUUCAAAUUGUUGACACUACUUGCCCUUGGGUUUCAAAGGUUUGGAAUACUGUAGAGAAGCACAAGAAAGGAGACUACACUUCAAUUAUUCAUGGGAAAUAUGCUCAUGAGGAAACUGUAGCGACUGCUUCUUUUGCUGGAAAGUAUGUUAUUGUGAAAAAUAUGAAUGAGGCAGCGUAUGUAUGCGACUACAUUCUUGGCGGUGAACUAAAUGGGUCUAGCUCUACUAGAGAAGCAUUUCUAGAGAAAUUUAAGAAUGCAGUUUCUUCAGGGUUCGAUCCAGACAGAGACCUCAUCAAAUGUGGCAUUGCAAAUCAGACUACAAUGCUUAAGGGCGAGACUGAAGACAUUGGAAAAUUAGUUGAGAAGACCAUGAUGCAAAAGUAUGGAGUGGAAAAUGUCAGUGACCACUUUGUGAGCUUCAACACAAUAUGUGAUGCAACUCAGGAGCGACAAGAUGCAAUGUACAAGCUUGUUGAGGAAAAACUAGAUCUUUUGUUAGUUAUUGGCGGGUGGAACUCAAGCAAUACCUCUCACCUUCAAGAGAUUGCAGAACUCCGAGGAAUUCCCUCAUAUUGGAUUGAUAGUGAGCAGAGAAUAGGACCUGGAAACAAAAUAGCUUAUAAGCUAAACCACGGCGAGUUGGUUGAGAAGGAAAACUGGCUGCCUGCAGGUCCAGUGACCAUUGGUGUGACAUCUGGUGCUUCAACUCCAGACAAGGUUGUUGAAGACGCCCUUAUCAAAGUGUUUGACAUAAAGCGCGAGGAGGCCCUGCAACUCACAUAAUCUAGGUUAGGCAUGAAUAGAAACAAUACACAGUACACAUUUAAUCAUACAACUUGGUUAUUGUAAGAUCCAAAUGAAAGGCGUUACUGUAUCUUAUGUAAUGUUACAGUUCCGUGAACUUUGUUAAUAUAAUUGUUGUAUGGUAUGAAAGGUCAA